UGUGUGAACGUGAUCUGCGCGGACAAGACGGGCACAAUGACCAAGAAUGAGAUGACGGUCACAAGAGUUGUUACCAGCGCCCUGGAACGUGCUGACGUCACCGGAGUCGGCUACCUGCCCGUGGGACAGGUUCUACUGGAGAGCGCCGCUGUGUCGUCAGUAGUGCCAGAGGGCACUGUGCAUGGACUGCGUAAGGCCCCUGCUCGACUCUUCUCCGAUGCCGGUGACCAUCCCAAUAUUCGGCGCAUAGCAGAGAUUGCCAGUCUUUGUAACAACGCCUCUCUCAAGGACGGAAUUCUCUGCGGUCAGCCAACCGAAGGUGCCCUCCUCUGUCUUGGCUCCAAGGUACAUUUCACAAAUAACAACUCUUAUUCCUUUCAUUUGGAUGUCUGUCCUUGGCUCCUGAAUUGA